UUGGUCUUCCCGGAGAUCGGCUGAAUUUCCAUUUUGUUGGAAAUAAAAAUUGUUCGGAAAUCAGUGGUCCGUGCUAUUUGCCAGCGCAAUUUGGCUGUUUGUCUGAAGAGGGGCAUUAAUAUCAUCGAGGCAGGAAUCUUCAGCGGGGAAAUGUCGCAUCAGACGGGAAUUAAGGCCAAUGAUCCCUUGAAGAAACUCUUCGCCAAGUGUCGGGAUGGAAAAAUACGGGUGCUGAAGGUUUCCAUUGAAAACGAGGAGCUGGUUCCAGCCUCGUCGUCAAAGCCAAUUGGCAAAUGGCAGGACGAUUACGCUCGCCUGGUGAAGCCCCUCAUCGAGGAGAACCAGCCGGCGUACAUCCUCUACCGUCUGGACACAAAAUCCCCGGACUCGGGUUACGACUGGCUGUUCAUAUCCUGGUCCCCAGACACUGCCCCAAUCCGCCAGAAGAUGCUGUACGCCUCGACGAAGGCGACCCUCAAGCAAGAGUUCGGCACAGCCUCCAUCAAGGACGAGCUGCACGGCACUGUCCCCGACGACAUCACCCUCGAGGGCUACAGCAAACACAAGAAGAACGACGCCGCCCCGGCCCCACUCACCUCCGCCGAGGAGGAACUCGUGGAGCUGAAGAAGACAGCUAUUCACACUGACUACAACGUGGAAACGAGACAUCAGACGCUCAGUGGAGUCGCUUUUCCGGUGACUGACGAGGCGAAACAGGCGAUCACUGAGAUGGGAAAGGGCCUACAUGAAUAUGUACAAUUGAAAAUUGAUCUCGACGAGGAGAAGAUACAUCUCGUCAUGGCUUGCGAUGUUUCACUCGAUAAAUUGCCUACUAAGGUGCCGGCUGACGCGGCUAGAUAUCAUCUCUAUAAUUUCAAGCAUACACAUGAGGGGGACUACAUGGAGUGCAUAGUAUUCAUCUACAGCAUGCCCGGCUACAGUUGCAGCAUCAAAGAGAGAAUGCUCUACUCCUCCUGCAAAGCCCCCUUCCUCGAUCUCAUCCAAUCCCUGGGGGUCAACAUAACUAAAAAGCUAGAGAUAGAUGAUGGAAAGGAACUAACUGAGGAUUAUUUGCAAGAGGAAUUGCAUCCAAAAGUCAAUUUACACCGGCCAAAGUUUGCUAAGCCCAAGGGCCCACCAGGAAGAGGCGCUAAACGCAUUACCAAGGUUCAAGACGUAGACAAACAAGAAGCAUAAUAUCUCCUCAUUCAGUAAUAAAUUAAUUUUAAGGCCAAACAGGGUGAUAGGGACUGUUACGUUACUGAGAUUACGCUAAUGUACUUUCUGUUUAUUUCACAAUUGUAAUAUUUGAAUUAUUUAUUUUCAUUCAUCACAUAGUGUUGGAAUAUCGAGUGUGGAGAAUCAGGCCUAUUCUAUAAGUCACGCAGGAUUGGGGGAGCUAUUCAUAAUGCGAUUGUUGCUCAGAAUAUUUUAAGAAAACUUUAAAAUAGGUUUGUGGUUUAAUAAUUAUGGCCUAUUGCAAUCAGGUUCUGAGCACUAUUGGAGUAAUGAUCAGGGCAGAUCAACUUUUAUUUUGUAUUUAAGUUUAUUGUUUUAGAGGUUUGGUUGUCUAUAUCAUGCGUCAGUUCAGAGACAAAUAAAACACGAUGAGUGACUUUUGA